AUGGUCGAUGCGAACUUCCAUCUACGUCGUCUCAAUGUAUCAGAUGAAAUCAAUGAUCCGAGCUUGAACCAGGGAUAUGCCUAUUUUGUGGAGGAGGAAAGUUUCAAAGCUCACCUGGAGAAAUAUAGUGGUGUCAUUCCCGAGGAGGAGAAGAGUACGUGCAACAAUCACGACACAGUGAAACUUGCAAAUAGUCACGGAGGGAAGGGUGCUGUGGCAACAGGUGUCGGUGCCAUUGUAUGUGGACGCCAUGACAUGAAACGCCCUCUGUCUGUUGGAGAUCUGCAAAAGGGCGAGAGAUAUAUCAACAUGGAUUACUUCAUUCUAUCGACGCUCUCAUAUGACAUGCCCCCUGACCUGGUCAUCUCCUACGAUAUAGUGUGCCAAUGGCACAAGAAGUUUUUCGCUCGCAUGGAGAAAUAUCCGGCUUCUUUGAGACUGCAUCAAAGUGAACAUAAUAUCUUGUAUCUUGUCCCGAAGUUCCAUCUCCCAGCGCAUAUCUUGAGCUGCCGCAACGACUUUUCCUUCAAUUUCUCGGCUAAGGUUGGAUGGAUGGACGGGGAGGCACCUGAGCGGGGCUGGGCUACGACGAAUGCCUUGGCUAAUAGUACGAAAGAAAUGGGUCCAGAGUCUCAUCGGGACACGUUAGAUGAUCACUUUGGCGAUUAUAAUUGGCGAAAAAUCAUCAUCAUAGCGUCGACUAUCUGCAAGAAAUAUAAGGAUGCUGUUACUGCCAGAGCUCAACAUGUUACCGAGUUUAUCAGUUACAAAGAUGCUUUGUGGGCUGACCAUUCGACCGCUCUUCAUCAAUGGAGAAUGAUGGUCCUUGCAUGGGAAAGUGAUCGCACAAAACCAAAUCCAUUCUCUCCUACAUUACCGGUAACCGAAAAUGCUGUACGAUUAGAAUUGGCUCGAGAAGAAAAAGCCAAAAAAAGCAUUGAGAUUCACCAUGAUGUGAGUCCUAGUGAAUUCAUUGCUCAAGGUUUACAAUUGGAGGAAGCACAGAUCCAACAGCAAACCAACCGCAUCUCCCGCAAAAUCGAAGCCUGGAUCGAGAUUCAAAAGGUGUACAUGCCAAAGACAAGUCUACUCUGCACCCGGGAUGAUGAUUGGUGCACUCCUGGUGUUGAAAUCCAUCCUACCAAGAUUCCAUUGUAUCUGCCUUUGGCAGCCUUGCGACUCGGUGCAGUUGAUCCCAGUCCAACCAAUACUGUUCUCAACGACGAGUGUCGCUUGUGGCUAGCACAAGUGCAUGACACGUUAGCCAUUUUACGUGAUCAUUUACUCCUCAAGUCUUAUCUCAUGAUAUGGCAUGAGCGGUUCUCACGAGGUCAACGAUAUGGAACGAGAGCCAACAAUCUUAUGCAUGCGGUAUCAACUCAUCUGGGUCGACACGAAUGGAAGUCGGGUCUAUUUCCCUUAAGAGAUGAGGAUAUUCGUGGUCUGGAUUCUUAUGACGAUAUGACAUCAGAGGGUCAUCGUUCACUGUCAUGGAUCUGGAAGACAAACUUGCAAAGCAGAGAGGAAGGGCUCCAAGAAGCCUUACGUAUCGAGUGGUGCAAGUCUCGUGCUCAAGCGCAGCAUUGGCAGGAAGAGUGUGAACUUUUGACAGAGGAGAUCCGUUGCAUCAAGGUGACGUUCCAGUUCUACAAUAAUGUAUGGAAUGAUAGGGCAAGGAAGGUAAGCUUACCUGGUGCGAGAGCAUAUGCGUUGAAGCAGGCUGCUCUCUGGCAAGAACUUGGUGAGAAUGCCAGCAAACAAUGGAGCGACACACUGGCCUCCCUUCCUCCGGUAUCCCAUGAAAUGCCUGACCCAACGUUGGACCUUGAUUCCCCUGGAUGUAUCUCGGCAUCGUCCUCCUAG